UUUCUUUUAAUAUCUUGAUUUUUCUAGUAUGAAAAUGGUGGUGGUGGUGUUGAUCAGGACUUGUUUUGAUUUCUUGAAAAACUAGCUUUGGUAGUAGGAUCACAACUCGUUUCUCGUCAAUAGCCAUGGAAGCAAUCAAAAAUCAGAAAAAAAUAUAAAAUAAAAUAUUGGGCAUUUUUGUCUUUUUACAUGGAUAUUAACUGUGGUUAACAGGGGUUAACGGUCCCAGGGACCAAGUUUGUUACCAAAACCCAUUGUAGGGACUAUUGGUGUUACUUUUCAAAAACUGGUUUUUAUUAUAAACUUUUAGCGAUGGUUGGAGUUUAACAUUGUUAAACUAAUUAGGGGGUGUUUGGAUUCCUUUUUAAGCUUCUGUGGAGCCCUAGUUUUAGUUUUAGGCGAAGAAACCCAAAACGCGACAGGGAGAUAUGUCAUUCCUAUGGGAGAAGAGCUCGUCGUGGCGAUGGAUAGUGAGGCAGACGAGAGAUUCAAAGCCAUUUUUCUUCGCCUUUGCGACUGUAUGCGGCGUGGUCCCCGGUGCCAUCGGCUAUUGUGUGAUGCAGCUCACCAAUUCAAGCAAUGAACAGCUCGAGUCUGAACUCCGCCGCAACGCUCGCCCCGAUACCCUUAUGAUGGGAAGAGUGAAUAAAGAGAGACUUGGGGAGUACCUUGGGGAAUUGCAGAGGAAGGAAGAUACAAACGAUAGAUAUGUUGCUGCUUUGAAGGGAGAGACUUUAACCAGAAAACCAUAUGUCAGAAUUCAACCAACCACCACCACCACCACCACCACCACCACCACACCACAUGUUUAAAAGCUUUUAUCACAUCAUUAUCAUUAUUAUUACUCCGUAUUAUAUUAUCUCAUUUUCCCAACUUUAUGGCUUUAUGCUCAUCCGAUGGCUUUGCAUUAACAGAAUUCAUGACUUGAUGUUCCCAUGUUUCAUAAGCUUGUUAUAUAUUGUGACUAAUUACCUUUUUUUUUUGUUGUUGCUGCUGUUAAGAUGAAUACAAGAAAUAGCAAUAUGCCUUC